AUGGACGACGUGCACUCGCGGCUGCUUCGAGAGGUCAACACGUACCUCGACUUCUUCCAGCGGCGGCGAGUCGUUCCCUCGCAAGAGAUCGAGCAGGACUACGUCGAUGCGCUCAGGAAGCUCUCGUUGAAGGCCCAGCAGGGUGAUCGGGCGUUGGAUGACGACCUCCAGGCGCAAGUCCCGACGAGCUGGAGACGGGCGUGGCUCGCUGUCCGCAACGCAGUCGAGGACGAGGCGAGGGCUCACAAGGGGACGGCAGACGGGCUGGACCGCUUGGUGAAGACGCUGAGCACCUUGCGGGACGACAGGGACCGCAUCAGGCGGAGGAUCCGGGAGGACUUGCGUUCGACGGCGAACGAGCAUGGCGAGUACAAGGGGGUCGUCCAGCGACUGAGGAAGAUGUACGAGCGCAAAGUGGAGGAGCUGCAGCAUCAUGAGGAGGCAGAGACGGCGAAGGACCAGGAUCCUGCGUUCAGCAGCAAGGGAGGGAAGGAAGAGGGUUGGCCGCCCGAGCACUGGCUCAAUCACGAGAACGGGCCUGUGACGAGCGGCAGGAACCGCAGCGACUCGGCGGCAUCGUCCAAGGCGGGCGGCAGCGCCAGCGACAUCGACUCUCCUCCCAGUUCAGCCGUUUCUCCCGCCCUCGCCCCCGUCUUCGUCUCCGGCGCAACAUCCUCCUCCUCCGCAGCUCCCUCCGCCUACCGAGACCCUCCUACCGGCAAGCAGAACGUCUUCGAGGCGAUCGCGAAGCGCGACUGGUCGGGCGAGAAGCACCGGGUCAACUCGAUCGUGCGUGCGGUCGGCAACUUGGCGAAGGGAGCGGAUCCGGCUACGGCGCUGGGACCGUCGCGUACGGUGCGGAACAAGCAGUACGGCAGCAAGUUGAAGCGUGAGGCGGAGCAGGCCGACCGCGACUACCGAUCCGGCAUUUUCCAGCUUGAGACGCUGCGCCUCCAGAAGCAACGGGUGCAGACCUCGGCCCGCGAGUCGCUGAAGGAGUUCGUCAACGAGCUCGCCUCGACUUUCAAAACUCAGCUGGAGAAGCGCGUGUCGGAUGAGAUCCUGCUCGGCGAGACGCAUACGGCGAUUGCGAGCCAUCUCGUGCCCGACAUCGCCAGCAUCGACGCUCAGCAAGACGCGCAAACCUUCUUCGCCGGCGUGCAAGACCCCGCGCCGGCUGAUCCCCCAGUCUACUAUGUCAACGCUUUCGUUGGCGAAUGCAGGUCGUUAUUGUUUGGCGUCGGCUUGCAGGAUUACCAUGCGAAGCAUCCGAACAUGCUGGUUCCUCUCAUCGUGCAGCGAUGCAUCGCGAAUGUCGAAGCGACGGGUCUUGACCAAGAGGGCAUUUACCGAGUUCCAGGCAAGCUCGCGACAAUCCAGCAGAUCGUGCACCGUAUGGAGAAGGGCGAGGAGGCUUUCGAGUUUGGGCCGAACGACGACCCGCCGGCAGUCGCUGGAGUCCUCAAGCUGUACCUCCGCCAGCUUCCCGUCCCGCUCUUCCCCUUCCUCCCGACCGAUCGCCGCGCUUUCACCGCCGAGCAUGCCGCCUCCUCCGACACUGCCAUCGCUUCUCUCGCCCGCCGCAUCCGCCGCCUCUCUCCACCGCAGCAAGCGACACUCAAGGCGCUGUGUCAACACCUCGCGAAAGUCGCCGAGCACGAGUCGGUCAACAAGAUGAGCGCGUCGAACCUGGCUCUCAUCUUCACCUCGGUCAUCUUCGGCGAAGACGACGUCGCGUCGCUCGAAGCGGCUAUGCAAGGCUCGAAGGAUAACGUCAUGGAGAUCCUCAUCAGACAGCAGGCGUCGCUGUUCCGCGACUUGCCUGUCGACCCGCCUUCCGGCGUUCGCUCUCGCCAGAGCAGCGACCACAUCAGCUCGCCGCGAGCUCCGGUCGACCUUGCAUCGGCUUCGACAGCGAGUCCGAAUGCGAGUGCCGGCGACGACAGCCGCGGAAGGUCAGCAUCGGCGUCUAGCACGCACCUCACGGUGCCGAGGGAGACUUUGGAAGGGGCGACCGGCUCUUCUCCAGCACUGCGCGCCGGCUCGAUUGAUUCGGUCUACGCUCUCUACGACCAGGCGACAACGCCAGGCGUCCUCGCCCCCGAGACCUCGCCUCUUUCCGCUCACCAUCCCGCAAAUCCUCCGCCGGGUAGAAGCACGCCGACGCUGAUCUCACCGCCUCACUCGCGACCCCUCUCUGCCUCGCCGGCUGCCAUACUCAGCCCGCCAAAGCUCUCACCGAUGGCGGAACACCCGCAACCUCUCGAUGAACCCCUUCCACCGCCUCGUAUUUCGGCAACUCAGCAGCCUCGCCGCGAACACUCCUUCGACGAGCCCGAACCGCCUCUUUCCGCCGCGCUCGGCCGGCAUAUUCACACGCCAGAAUAG